CUCCGGAAUUGACGUUAUACACGUGUAGCAUGAUGGUGGCUAGCAGCAGCUGAGAGAAGCCACAUAAAAUAUUAUUUGUGAUAUCAGGUUGUUAGUUGCAAUUUUGCAUGUUUAUUAAAAAGUCCUUCCCUAAACGUGAAAUCACUCAAGUUCUGGGGAGUCAUGGUGACAAAGAAGAAAACGAUGAAAGUGGAGGCUGUGGUAUUGGACAAGGACAGACUUGACAAGUUGAUAGUGUCGCUCUCUGUGGAUGGAGGAGAUGAGUGGAUCAGACAGCUUGCCCAGACCUUGCAGGACUGUCUGGCAUUGACUGACCCAAUGCAGCAGAUCCAACUGGUCAAGAAGGCAGGAUCUCAGUUGGAGCUGCUGAGUGAGGAGGAAACUUCCCGUGGGCCUCUCCUCCAGGCCUGUCUGCACACCAUGGCCCUCAUCUACACCUCCCUGCUGGCCAAGAACCCCCUCCGUAGGGCCAGCGCCAGUGCCCUAAGCUCUGUACCGGACUGGCUGCAGGAGCAGACUGUCAGCUGUCUGUCCGCGUGCCUGUCGGACAGACUGUCCACUGUGGGCUCAGACCACACGUCGUACUCACACCUAAUAGACUCUAUCACAGCUUGUCUAGAUGCCUUUCCUCUUGGUGAGAGGUGUAUACACAGGCUGCUAGCAGAGGUGUUACCGUUCCUCCAUAAGGCCUUGAGUGAAUACCUCCAACUGAACAGUGGUCUAGCAGGUCGCCAUGUGGUCCAGGCCCAGCUCAUGCACUCGUGUCUGGCUGCGGUCAAGGCCUCCAUGCUGGUGGUGCAGAGGUCCCAGGAGCUCAUCAGCGCCGUCCUACAGGCCGUUCAUCCUCACUGCACCCUGCAGCUCACCCUCAGUGGCCUACUGGACUGCUACACACACAUCCUCACAGAUGAGGACUUCCUGCAGUCGGUCCAGAGCACGGCUGGCAUGGCAGUGGUCCUCCUGACCCGGUCUGUCAUGGGGAGUGGAGAUGGAGUGGCCGCGGUGGUGGCAGGUCUCCUGCAAGGUUCAGAGCAGAGUGGCGAGUGCGCCCCCAUGUGGCUGAGACAGAGCUGUACGGGGCUGUAUGACAGUGGCCGUCCCGCGGGGGUGUCCCUCUACCUGUGUCAUGGGGCCCUGGCUAUGCUAAACUGGAGAGGGGCAACCCAGGGGCCACAGAGGGAACAGCUACUGCUGCUGGUUCCCCACACACUGCUGGCGCUGGACACCAGUGUGAAGGAGUCCAGCACAGCCAUGGUGGUAGCCCGCGUGCUGACCCUGUGGAGCGGAGCCGCCUUGGACAGCCUGCAGGGUGGGCUGUCGUCUCCCCCAGGCCUGCUUCAAGACUCCCUCCGCGGGGGCUCAGAGCUCCAGGGGCAGCUGCUGGAGCACGUCUACACCCACUGGGAGCACCCCUUGGAUGGGGUCCGCCACCAGACCCGCGCCCUCUUCAAGAACCUCCUCCUCCUGCACCAGCACAGCAGCCCUCUAGCCUUUUCUGACCCCUACAGGGACCCAUACUUUACCCAGCUAACCCACAACCUGCUGGGCCUGGAGUGGCACCAGAGAGGGAAGUAUGGCUCUUUGGCCUGCCUGGUGGAGCUCCUAGGGGCAGGGUACCUGUUGGCUCUGGACCCCCAGCUGCCCUCACGUCUCCUGGGCUUGAUGGGGGACCAGACCCUGGCACCUUACGCUAGCGACCUGCUAGAGAGGCUGUUUGUCAGUCACAAGGCCCAGCUGGUUGAGGAAGGUGGCACAGGGGGCACAGAGGCGGGCAUGGAGAGGUGGCACCAGACCUGGGUGACCCCAUUGCUUCAGGUGCUGUGUAGAGCCAGGCUGGACCAGACCACCUAUAUCCUGGACUAUUUCCUUCCCAAGUUGCUGCGCUGUUCCCCCUCCAGUCUGGCCCACAUGGUACAGGCCCUACAGGACACCCCACCCUGCAGCUCAGGACCUCCGGGCAGUAGGGGUGCUUUGGGUGCUCUGAUGACAUGUCUGCGUGCAGCACGGUCCCAGGGGGUGGUCCAGUCAGAGGAGGGGCUGUGGGGGGGACUUGUACCCCUGUUUCUGCUGCGUCAGGCUCUGGUUCACAAACACGACCAGGUGCGAAUGGACGCUCUUGGGUUAUUGUGCGAGAGUCAUCGUCGCACAGAGGUUCUGACCUCGCAGGAAAUGGAGCUGCUUCAACACUUCCUGCCCUCCAGUCUGAACAGCCAAUCACCAGGAGUCAGGCAGCUGACCGUCAGCCUGCUCAAAAAGCUGCUGUGCAGAGUGAAGGAUAGUGGUCAGUCAUUGCAGCGGAGGCUGGUCCAGGAGAGAGGCCAGGGACAGAAGGACAGAGACCGACACAUCCUGGACACGUACAAGGAGUUCCUGUGCUGGCUGUGUGAGAGUCUGUUCGGUGUGCUUCUCCCCGGGGCCUCCUUCUCCACCUGUCUGACAGCCCUCCACCUGCUGUGUCAGCUGGCCCACCUCUUCACCUUCAACACCGGGUCUGAUGAUGUGUUUGCUCUGGGAGAGAUGGUGACCCCUGCACACGCGCAGAAUGUCCUCUACUGCAUCGCCAGCAACUUCCUGGAGGUCAAGCAGCUGGCCUCUGCGUUGCUACGGCAACUCCCUCCAUCUGCCGUGGGGCUGCAGGAGCCAGGUAGGAUGCUGUCUCUGCUCCAGGCAGCUCUGGACCUCAGCACCAGCACCAAGCCUUUUGACAGUGUCACGGCUGCCCACCUCUUCAACCUAUUCCUCCACCAGCCUGCCCUGCCCCAGGCCCUGUUGCUCUGUGCCCAGGAGCAGGGCCUCUCCUUCCAGCCUCCUGCUCUAACCCAGCCCCAGGCUUUUGAGGCCCUCACCCUGGAGACGAACACUCUGGCAGUGGUGCAGUUCUUGUUGCUGUGUCUGAAGGCUGAGGUGGUGAAGGCAGAGUCGUCUCUCCUGCUGGCGGCAGCCUCCUACCCUCUCUACGGCCGAGCCCACUGUAUCACUGCUGCCUUACAGCAACUCAACACCGGGUGUCUGACUCUGACAGGCCAGUGGAGGAGUGUGGUGUCAGAGCUCAUCACAGUGUCCUAUAGGAUGUCUGACGUGGUGUCACCUGUCGUCCAGAGCUCCUCCCCCGAAGGCCUCAUCCCCAUGGAUACCGACUCAGAAACGUCCGCUGGUCUGCAGAGGAUCCUGCAGGAGAUCCAGCCUCGCGACACCAACGACUUUUUCACCAGCGCUAGAGAGCUGGACACCGAGCCGCCUGGACAGGAGAACGGACCGGCGGCCCCCACAGACAGACCACAGCAUGACAGCACAGGUGGUAGUGGUGAGGGCUACAGGGUGACAGCUCAGAUGGUGUUGGUGUGCUGCUGGAGGAGUAUGAAGGAGGUGUCCAUGGUGCUGGGUCAAGUGUGUCAGAGCCUCCCCUUGCGGACCUCCAGCAAACACUCUGACCAGGGGCUCAUCACCGAGGAGCAGGUGGAGGGGGUGGGCAUGUACUUCCGUCAGCAGCUCCUCCAGUCUCGUCACCGAGGGGCCUUUGAGCUGGCCUACGUGGGCUUUGUACGCCUCACCGACAUGCUGUGCAGGAGUGGAAGCAGAACCCUGCAGCAGCUGCCUGGUCGCUGGCUCACGGAGGUCCUACAGGAGGUCAAGUCCAGCGACCCCUCCUCCAAACUGUGUGCCACGCGACGCAGCGCAGGCAUCCCAUUCUACAUCCAGGCCCUGUUGUCAUCCGAGCCCAAGUCGUCCAGCUGCAGCCUGCUGAAGAUGACCAUGAGAGAGCUGACCGCCCUGGCCAUGCCCUCUCCUGACGGAGCCACUGACCAGACCACUGUCCCUCAGGUUCAUGCUCUCAACAUCCUGAGGGCUCUGUACAGAGACACCCGUCUGGGGGAGAACAUCAUUCCCUUCGUCUCUGAGGGAAUGCAGGCUGCUGUCUUGGGCUUCACCUCCCCCGUCUGGGCUGUGAGGAACUCCUCCACCCUACUCUUCAGCACUCUGAUCACGAGGAUCUUUGGAGUGAAGAAAGGGAAGGACGAGCACUCCAAAGAGAACAGGAUGACGGGCCGGGAGUUCUUCACUCGUUUCCCGGCGCUCUAUCCCUUCCUCCUGAGCCAGCUGGAGGGGGCUGCAGCAUCAGUGGACAGUGACAGUGGUCAGGUGAUUCUGCACCCCAGCCUGUUCCUGUUGCUGCUGGUGUUGGGGCGUCUCUUCCCCUCGCCCAUGGACGGGUCUUCUUCCCCCCUGGGCCUAGCCCCCUUCAUGCCUUUCAUCAUCAGGUGUGGUCGUUCUGCCGUCUACCGGACCCGUGAGAUGGCCGCCCGGGCCCUGGUCCCGUUCGUCAUGGUAACCCAGGUCCCCUCCACCAUUCAGACUCUACUAGAGGAUCUGCCUCUGGAACCCGGGCCUAGAACCCAGCAGAACCACAUCCACGGAACCCUGCUCCAGGUCUAG